UACUGCCCGGACGUUGCUAGCUAGCUACCUAGCUAAUCUGCGGUAUCUUCACACCAAAUUGUGGGUAGAGAACUCUUAAGCAGACAGUUUGAGGAAGCCCGCUGGACGGGUGCAAAGAAAAUAGGAUACAUUUAGAAGCCGACUUGUAGAAAUCAGGAAGUGUCGGUGUAGUAGGCAGCGAGUAAGGGUAUAAAGACAAGACUGGUUGUUAGUCUGUAUUUAUGUCGGCUAGCCUGUGUUAGCUGGCUAGCGAGCCAAGUAGCUAACUACUCUAGCUCGCUGUGUGUCUCCACCUUACGCAGAAGCUGUCAAAAUUAACAUGCUAGGGCACGCAGUUUAACUCAUCCUCGAAACGUUUGUUAAGGGGUAGAGUCUAACAGUUAGCUGGUUUGGUAUCUGAAGUUUGUAGCUGUUUCAGCUAGCUCGCUACCUAAUUUGCACGAACAUUACUUUACCUAGCUAGUUAGCCAUCUAGCUGUAGUCCUGACGUUGUUUUGAUUACCUGGCAGCGUUUGGUGUAUUUUUUUCUAAGCAGCCGGCCAGCUGUCUCACAGUGGUAGAAAAAAAAUCCAUUAACUUAACAUAAACUUUGACGGAUCACUCAGCGAAGCGGCAUAAACAAGCAAUAGCUAGUUAGCCAGGAUUGUAUUGUUUCGGAAGUUUAAUGGACCCACCUAGCUAACUAAUGUUAAUAAGCUAACAGCAGUGCAUAUCAAAUGAAUGUAAUUAACUUUAGCUAACUAGCAGAUAUUCUAGCUAGUCAACUAUAAAAUUGUCAAGUCCACGUAGAUAUGGGAUCCGAGUGUGAUUGUAGGUAGCCAGGUGCAUUGUCUCAUAGUAUUGUCUUAAUUUAUGCGUGUGGUGCAACUUGCUAGGUGGCUAAUUUGUAUUUUUUCGGAGCCAGAUAAGCAGCUAAGCGAGUGUGAACUGGACGUGUUGAUACAGAUUCAAUGAGAACAUUUUUUCAGCAGGCUCGGAAUGCUGAGUGAGUAUCUGUGACUGUGGAUGGCCAGCUGUCGUCCCACACCUGGUGGUUUGCCGACCUGUAGCUAGAAACCGUUGCCACAAAUGACACAAGUGGCAGCUAGCUACAUAACAAUAUGGUCUUGUCGCUUGCCGGACUGUAUAGCGACCAUCAUCGAUAUUUCAGCUGCUUUGUCACUAAAUGCCCAGCGCUUAGUGUGGACUGGAUUUGAGGUCGGGUUCCACACUGCAGCAGAAUGUCUCCUCUCCUGAUCGCCCUGCUGGCGCUUUUCCUGUUGGGUGUUUUAUCCCUCGCACUCUUCAGGUGGUUUGUGCGUAGCCUGGCGGUGCGGCACUUCCACAGCAAGCUGAACGCUGAGCUGAAGAUAAAGUCAGUGGGCUUCUUCUCAGUCAGAGGAAUCAGCAUCCAGUUCCAGCCCCAGCACACUCUGGAAAUUGACAGGAUAUGGAUCUCAAGCAGAGUAUUAAACCCAGACCUGCCCCGCUACCUGGCACUGUGUGUGGGGGAGACACGGGUGCGAGUGGACCUGCAGGAGCCACUGAGGCCCCAGGUGCCCGGCAGGGACCACGGCGGAGAGCUUGAGAAGCAGCUUCUGAGCCCGGCUGUGCUGUGCUUCCUCUCUCAGCUUUCUGUCCAUAUCAGCUCCAUCAACGUGAUGGUGCUGAACCUGACACUGGCCGAAUCGCUGUGGCACAUGACCACCACGGGCAUCACCCUGCUGCUCAACCACCAGAGCAAGAGGCUGGCCUGGGAGUUCUCCAUGGGACAGCUGAGCAGUAAGGUGCUGAAGAGCAGCCGACUGCAGGACACGUGUCUGGCGGAGGUGUCGCUGAGCCUGGCGCUGUCGGGGGACGUGAGCGUGCCGGACCUGCGGCCGGGGAGGUUCGGGCUGUGCGUGAGGACGCUGCUGGCGGAGCUGCAUGAGGGGCUCUUCCUCAGCCAGCUGCUGCCGUCUCCUGGCCCCUCGGAGCACACGCAGGCCGACGCAGAAUGCAAAGAGGCCUACGUGCAGACAGAGGCUGUGGAGCAGUUCCACCAGCUCAUUCCCCAGAAGAUCAGCGUGGAGUUUGAGAACACGAACGUCACCCUAUCCAUGCACAGCCAGAAACGGCACUUAAACUGGACCCUGAAGUCUCUGAAGGUGGGGUACCGGCGCGAGGACGAGCAGCUACCCCUGCGGAACUUCACCCCCGAGCUCACCUUCCCCCAGAGCAGCCUGGAGCUCCUGCUGGAGGAUGGAUUGCUCCUCUCCCAGAGCCGACAAAGAAUCCUCUGCCUCAACUCUCUCAGGACUGUCCUGCAGGUGACAUCAGUGGACAUCUCAGGGUCGGUUACUGUCAACACUUGCAUCAUCCACUACCGUCACCAGGAAUUCACCCACUGGCUGGACCUGUUUCCAUGGAAACAGCUGCUUCACAGGAAGGCUACUCACAGAAAGAAGCGUUUCCCACAGCUCGAGGCACCCGUGAUCAUAAGCUCCUCUGUGUCCAACGUCAACGUCUCGGUGCAGCUGGGAGACACACCCCCCUUUGCUAUGGGGUUCAUCUCUGCCAGCACAGAGCUCCAGCACCUGAUGGACUUCCCCACGGACCCUGACAGUCUGUCGUCCCAGAGCCUGCACCAGCGCGCCUCCCUGUCUCUGGACCACUUCUGGUGGCGUGUGGGCCAGGGCUCCCACAUCCAGCAGGCCCCUCACCCCCCUGGGAAGCACGUCUGGGGGGAGGCCCUCAUCCUCGACUCCCUCACCCUGCAGGGAAGCUGCAACACGUCCCAGCUGGACUCGGCCGUGCCCUCGGAGAGCAUCUGCGUGGAGUCCAGGCUCAAAGGCCUGCAGGUGGAGCUGUCGGAGACCUGUGCCCUUUGCCUGUCCCGUCUCGUGUCCCUCUUUUCGCAGCCCGGUGGGGGGGCGGGCGAGAGAGCGGGGCAACCUCGCCCGCUCUCCCCGCGUCCCUCGAUGGGCGAGGCGACCCCAUCCUCCUCCCCCAGCCGCCACCCCGUGCUCUUCAAGCUGGAGUUGGGCCUGGAGGACGUCAACGUUUUCACACUCUCCAACAUAGCGGGUGCGGUGUCUCUGCGGGUGGACAUGGUGCACACCGUGGGCAUGGUGGAGAACUCCAGGGUGUCCUUCCAGGGCCUCUCACUGUCGGUGGUGAAGUCCCUCACCGAGGCCAUGGAGCCCUGCUGUCCGGCCACCCAGACCUCCAACCCCAUCCUCAGCCUAACCUCCCUGGUUGUCAACUACCACGCCACUACAUGGGCCCUGGAGAUCCGCUGCGAGCAGGAGGUAUCGGUGCAGUGGACGCCUGCCGACCACAUGUUCCUGUACCAGCAUGUGACAGAGAGCAAGGCCUGCUGGGAAACACUGUCCAGCGCCCUCGGGCUGGCGGGAGUCCCUGAGGCGCUGGAGGGCGAGGCCCCUGCGCUAGCGGAGCAGGCGGCCCCCCUGUCACCAGCGGAAAAGUGGGCGGCGGCCGCGGCGGCCCAGAAGAGCAUCCUCAGCUUGCACCUGGAGCUGGGCGCUGUGCGGCUUACCGCCUUCGUCUCCGACCGCAACUAUAUCGUUCUGCGGGCGGAGGCGCUGUCGCUCUCCCGCCAUGCCGGCGCCAUGUACGCCCGCCUCCCCCACCUCGUCAUCAACUUCGACGGCAACGACAUCUUCUCCUUCAAGGGCGCCGAGGUGGAGACGCUGCCCCGGCAGGAGGAGACAGUCCUGCACCGCAAGCACUUCCCCUUCCUGAGCACCCAGCACAACCGCGCCUGGGUCUUCACCUUCCCCAGCCUGUCCGUUGAGUUCCCCUACCAGUACAACUUCUCUGACACCUUCGACAAGGCCAUCAACGUGCAGAAGUGGUUGAAGACCCUGCACCGGGGCGCGGCGGGCCCCCCCGAGGUGCAGAGGCUGCCCCCGGACCUGCUCUUCCGCGUCACCCAGUUCUCCUUCGUCUUCCUGGACGACGUCUUCGAGAUCAAGCUGCGCGACAACUACGAGCUGAUGAAGGACGAGAACAAGGAGAGCGUCAAGCGGCUGCAGCUGCUGGACAAGAAGGUGGCCGACCUGCGCAAGCAGCACGGCGAGCUGCUGCCCGCCCGCAAGAUCGAGGAGCUCUACACCUCGCUGGAGCGCAAGCACAUCGAGAUCUACAUCCAGCGCUCGCGCCGCCUCUACGCCAACACGCCCAUGCGCAAGUCGCUGCUCACCUGGACGGUGUCGGAGCUGGAGCUGGUGGCGCUGGCCGACCGCUCGCUGCACGGGCCCGAGCGCGUGCGCGAGCAGCUGCGGGACAUCGACGGGGUCAGCCCCUUCCCCCGCGACGGCCUGCCGCUGGUGGUGCAGUGGUGCCGCGCCGUGAGGUUCAAGCUUGGCGCCUUCCUGGUGCGAAUCCGGGACUACCCUCGCUACCUCUUUGAGAUCAGGGAGUGGGAGCUGUCGGGGCGGCUGAUCGGGACGGAGCAGGACGGGCAGUCACGGGGCCGGCGCAAGCAGGUAGUGCACCUGGGCCAGCCCUGGGGAGACGUCACUGUCCAGAGGAACAUGCCCCCUCUCAAGUUCUACUACGACUUUCACUCGGACAUCGCCCUAUACACCAUUGUGUGGGGGCCUUGUUGGGACCCUGCCUGGACUCUGAUUGGCCAGGUGGUCGACCUGCUGACCAAGCCCACAGCAGACCCCUCCCCGCCUCUGGCCUGGUGGGAUAAAAGCCGGCUGCUUCUGCAUGGGCGCUGGGUGAUGGACAUUGAGCAGGCCAACCUUCACCAGCUUGCCACAGAGGACCCUUACAACACUACAGAGAAUAUGCACUGGGAGUGGAAUAAGCUCAACUUCGCCUGGAAUCCUGGACAGUUUGUCUUCAAGGGUGACAUGGAUGUCAACGUCAGGACAGCCUCCAAGUAUGAUGACAUCUGCUUCCUGCACCUGCCCAACUUGUGCAUGACCCUCGACCUGCAGUGGCUCUGCCACGGCAACCCGCACGACCACCACGCGGUGACGCUGUGCUGCGCGGAGAACGUUGCGGACGUCACCUCGGGCCAGCCGCACGACUCCUACAGGGCCUUCCGUUCCGAGAACCUCAACCUGUCCAUCACCAUGGACCUCAACCAGCCGCGUGGGCCGGAGAAAGAGCCGUGCCAGCCUCGGAUCCUGCUGUACAGCAGCACGCUGCGCUGGAUGCAGAACUUCUGGGCCACCUGGACCAGCGUGUCGCGGCCCAUCUGCAGAGGCAAGCUCUUCCACAGCCUCAGGCCCGUCCGCAAGAAGCUGGGCCAGCACUACAAGCAGAUGUCCUACACCGCCUCCUUCCCGCAGCUGCAGGUGCACUACUGGGCCUCCUUCGCCCAGCAGCGGGGGAUCCAGGUGGAGUGCAGCAAAGGGCAUGUCUUCACCCGGGGAGCGCAGAGACUCAUACCGCAGGCCGGCACGGUGAUGCGGAGGCUGAUCUCCGAGUGGAACGUCACGCAGAUGGUGAGCGAGCUCUCGCUGGUCACCGUGCACCUCAUGGCCUCCACCUGGGACGAGACGGCCGACCACCAGAUGAACGCCCAGGUGAAGAAGACCCACCUGCUCAGCCUGUCGUCCCUCAGCUACCAGCGGCAGAGCAACCGCAUGGAGGAGGAGGUGAAUUUGAAGGAGGAAGGGAACGCCUUCUACACCCACAAGCUGUGCCUUGUCGACCUACGGGCCUCGUGGACCACCACGAACCGCAACAUCGCCUUCGGGCUGUACGACGGCUACAAGAAGGCGGCCGUGCUGAAGAGGAACCUCUCCACCGAGGCGCUGAAGGGCCUGAGGAUCGACACCCAGCUGCAGGCCAAGAAGCUGAAGCGCUCGCUGUCCAGCUACUCGCCCAGCACCGCGCCCUCCGUCCCAGUCAUCCCCAGCACUAGCCGAGCCGAGAAGAACCAGAACGAAGGGACGUCCAUGCUGCAGAAGCUGAUCGAGGAGACGGACAGGUUUGUGGUCUUCUCAGAGGAGGACUCUGGCGUGAGCGACCAGCUGUGUGGCAUCGCCGCCUGCCAGACGGACGACGUGUACAACCGCAACUGGUUCAUCGAGCUCGUCAACUGUCAGAUGAUGCUGCGGGGCACGGAGACGGCGGGCUGCGUGCUGGUGUCUGCAGCCAAGGCGCAGCUGCUGCAGUGCGAGCACCACCCGGCCUGGUACAGCGACACGCUCAAGCAGAAGACCACCUGGACCUGCCUCCUGGACGGCAUGCAGUACUUCGCCACCAUGGAGCCCAACCCCUCCGAGCAGGAGGACUGGCAGCUGUGGCUGGAGGUGAAGAACAUCGAAGAGCACCGUCAGCGUAACCUGGACUCGGUGCUGGAGCUGAUGGAGAGUGGCCAGGCCGUGGGCGGCAUGGUCAGCACUACCACAGACUGGAACCAGCCGUCGCAGGUGCAGGAGACGAAGCAGGUCCAGCGCAUCAUCUCUCGCUGCAGCUGCCGCAUGUACUACAUCGGCUACAGCCACGACAUCGACCCCGAGCUGGCCACCCAGAUCAAGCCUCCCGAGCUGCGCGACUCCCACGAGAAGGAGGACCUGCUGAAGAAGCAGGCCGGCGCUGUGGACACCUUCACUCUCAUCCAUCACGACCUGGAGAUCUCCACCAACCCGGUGCAGUACGCCAUGAUCCUGGACAUCGUCAACAACCUGCUGCUGCACGUGGAGCCCAAGCGCAAGGAGCACAGUGAGAAGAAGCAAAGGGUUCGCUUCCAGCUGGAGAUCUCCAGCAACCCAGAGGAGCAGCGCAGCAGCAUCCUGCACCUGCAGGAGGCCGUGCGGCAGCACGUGGCCCAAAUCCGCCGCCUGGAGAAGCAGAUCUACUCCAACAUGCGGUCUCAGUCUGAGGAGAUGAGGGGCGACGAGCUGAUGGACAUCAACCUGAAGCUGCAGAACCAGCUGAACCAGGAGAAGACGGACAUGCAGAUGAAGAGUGAGGAGCUCAACAUCCUCAUCAGGUGCUUUAAGGACUUCCAGCUGCAGCGGGCCAACAAGCUGGAGCUGCGCAAGCCGCCGGAGGACGUGAGCGUGGUGCGGCGCACGGAGAUCUACUUCGCCCAGGCGCGCUGGUGCCUGACCGAGGAGGACGGCCAGCUGGGCAUCGCCGAGCUCGAGCUGCAGAGGUUCAUGUACAGCAAGCUGAACAAGUCUGAUGACACAGCCGAGCACCUCCUGGAGCUGGGCUGGUUCACCAUGAACAACCUGCUGCCCAACGCAGCCUAUAAGGUGGUGCUGCGCCCCCAGAGCCCCUGCCAGUCGGGACGGCAGCUCGCCCUGCGCAUCUUCAGCAAGGUCCGCCCCCCCGUCGGCGGCAUCUCCGUCAAGGAGCAUUUCGAGGUGAACGUGGUGCCGCUCACCAUCCAGCUCAUGUACCAGUUCUUCAAGAGGAUGAUGGGAUUUUUCUUCCCUGGGCGAAACGUUGAGGAGGAGGAAGUUGGUGAUGAAGAGGACAAGUUUCGACUGGUUACUACAGGCAUACAGGGGGUCAAGCCUCGUCAGCUUUCUGAAGACUCCAUCGGGGCCUUGGGCCCCAGUAAGGGGGUGGCACAGGGGCUGAACCGCACCGCAGGGGUCAGGAGGUCGUUUCGGAAGCCACCUGAGCAUCCUGUGGAUGAUAUUGACAAGAUGAAGGAGAGAGCGGCCAUGAACAACUCCUUCAUCUACAUCAAGAUCCCUCAGGUCCCGCUCUGUGUCAGCUACAAGGGGGAGAAGAGCAGUGUGGACUGGAAGGAUCUGAACCUGGUCUUGCCCUGCCUGGAAUACCAUAACAACACCUGGACCUGGCUGGACUUUGCCAUGGCCGUCAAGAGGGAUAGCCGCAAAGCGCUGGUCGCCCAGAUGAUUAAGGAGAAGCUCCGGCUGAAGCCGGCGUCGGGCUCGGAGUCUCGGGGGAAGGCGGCGGACGGGAAGGACAGCAGCCUGCAGCAGCAGGAGGAGGACGAGAAGGCCCGGCUGCUGAUCGGCCUCAGCACGGCCGACAAGAGCUCCAGCAAGAAGAGCAUCUUCAGCCGGCGCAAGUGAGGCCCCCGUCCGGAGCGCCCCCCCGCACCCCGGCCCACACCACGGCGACCCCUCCUCGCCUCAGGGAGGGGGAGGCACACAGCCCAGCGAGGGCGAGCUCACGCCGCCUUUGCUUUUGAUUUCCCUCGUCGGGGGCCGGAUGAUUGUGUCAGGUUUGGGGGGGGGGGUCAAAAAAGGUGUCGCGCUUGAUAAUGCAACUGGAGAGAGAGAGGUUGGGGGGAGACGCCAGCCCCUCCCCUUCCCAGACCUGCUCUGCCUUCGCGACUCCCUGCAGACUCGGCUCAAAGGAGCCUGCAAGAGCGCACUCACCGCCCCUCUCCACUCCGCUGCUCCGCUACUGUAAGAGGGGGCCUCAGAGCAGGAGUCCCCCGCGCUGCCGGAGCCAGGGGUGGCGCUGUGUGUAAAGAGCGCCACAUCCCUCUGCUGCUACUGUGUGACACUGCAGUACAGAGAAGGCCUGCCGUUCCAAUCUAUCCAUAAGGCCAUUUCAGUAACACCACCAGUCUCCUUCGGUCUAUUCAAUUACAGUUACAAUAUUUUUUAUACCUGUAAGGAAAUCAUUGUGGUGUUCACAGCACAGCAUUCAUAGUGAGAGUUCAAUGCAAUUAUCCUUGUGAUCACGAGUGAAAUUGAGGUCUCCGAUUCAUUUUGACAUUGCCGUCGUCACUGUCAUUCUGUCCUGCUGGCUCGGGAAUCUCAAUGAAGUGUAUCUGAGUAUGGCGUAUUCUCUAAACCAUUGUCUUUUCGCACCUUCAGGGAGGCACUUGAUUUGUGGACUGUGGACUUGUGUUGUUGUCGUGCCUUCCAUUACGAAGGUAACAGACACGUUGAACUAGUACUACUAACUCACACCCCUCCUCUCUCCUUAGACUUAGGUAUUGUGUAUAAAUGUGUGUAAGGGAGUUUCUUACUGAACAGGGGAGUUGGUGGGGCUGUCCAUCACUGAAAGCAAACAAAACUCCAGUAAUGUGGAGCUCCUUCAGAGAAAGGGUUGAUCUGACGUGUUUCCGUAUGCCUUCAUAGUUUAAAAUGAUCUUGUGCCACUACCUGUGUGCAAUAUUUAACAAGAACAAUAACAUGAAAUCUCAAUAGGAAGAAAAGGAGGCUCGCAAAAUACAUUUCAGUUUUAUUUAUGGCACUUGUGUUUUUGAGAGCUAUGAUAGUCAUGGUGGAAAAAAAUGUUGAUGCAUCAGGUCUGAGUGACGUUUUGUAAUUUUUAACACUAAGGCACUUUUUAAGCAAAGUAUUUUCCAAUAUUUUUUAACCAUGGCUGUUUCUCCACAGAGUCUGCGCAUCAUCAGGUGCUGCUGGUUGUUUUCCUUUGUUUUCCAAUUUUUAGCUCCCUUGAAAAAUUUA